CAGAGCUUCAGCUCCUGUUGGUCACAUUGCUGACCCCACUGACCACAGAUGACACAAGUUCAUAUUAAGACUUUGAAGUACUUUAACAGGACAAUACUUUAAACUUCUCUGGUGAAUAACCUCAGACAGGGAUAUCUCCUACAGUUUGUUGCACAGCGCACUAACCGUGUUGACGUGCAUGUUGUGCGCUCGGUCGUGAUGACAGUCAGCUCUGUCACGUUGCUUUGCCUCGGACUGUGUUUGUUCCUCGUUGGUCCGUGUCAAUGUGGCUGUCGGGAAACAGGUCUGUGCUGCACCGGCCGGGACCCGUCAUGCAUCAGCAAAGGAUGGAGGUCUGACCGCUCCUAUGGCACCUGCUACUGCGACCAGGCCUGUGUCCACACCCUGGACUGCUGCCACGACUAUGAGACAGCCUGCCCAGCGCUGUCGUGUGUGGUGAGCGAGUGGACGGAGUGGUCAGGCUGCGCCCAGCCCUGCAGGGCCACAGUCCGUAGGCGGAGCAGGACAAUCCUGCAGGAGGCGCUCAAUGCAGGCAAACCCUGUCCCCACCUGGAGGAGCACGCUGGAUGUGCAGAGUACUGGUCUCACCAAGGAAGCUGUAACAACCCACUGGUCCCAGCACUGAUUAUCACUGGUGGCUAUGGCAACGCCAGGAAGAAAAGAGACAUCCCUGACAGCAGCGACAUCAUAGGGUAUUGUGUCCAGUUUCAGUUGACCUCUCUCACAAAAGGAUGCCAGCAAAGUUCAGGCCCACACACCCAGUGGAUGCAGCACCUGAGGGAGGGGCACCGCGUGUGUGUUGAGUGCCAGCCACCUGCUCUCACUGCUGGACAGACACACUGUGCCGGGGAUGGAGAAAAACACGACGAGGACAGAAAACAGUCUCUCCAGUGGCAGGCAGUGGGAAACCCUCGAUGCAGGGGUGUGUGGAGGCGAGUAGGGAGGCUGGAGGCCUGUUCCUGCCCAACAGCCCACAGCUUCCUCUUCAUCUAACCUCCUCCUCCUUCUCACUGUUUGCCUGCCUUCUGUACAUAUUUACUCAGACUCAUGUAUAAAGAACAAUCUGCAAGAAUACAUAGAAACCAGCCAGAAUAAUAAGCACUGACCACUAAACCUGUUGUGUUAAAUAGUUCUGGUCAAUGGUCCAUUGUGCCUUCUUCCCCAGAUUUGUGAAACUACAUGUAAACAUUUUACUAACAUGGCAACCCAUGCUCACUCCCAGUUCGUCAAAUACACUUGGUCAGUGGCCCAACACCUCAAAAUAUGACGCUCUAGGUAGGCUACACCUCCUAUGAACGCUCAGGGACGGCAUGUCAAUGUACGCUUGUAACAGUCUCUUGGUUGAAAGCACAGACUUUGUUUGACCCACUCUAUGCUGAAUUUCUUGCUCGUUUUACUACGGCAGUUGCUUAGAAUGCGAAAAAAUGCCGCCACCCAGUGCAUAUAGUACUGCUGCUAGAGGUUGCCUCGGUACAUCAGCGUCUGAUGCUGAGGGCCACUGACCAAGCCUCGGCAUUUGACGAGCUGGGAGUGACACUGGGUGGAAUGUGGCUGAAUGUGUGCCAAUGGAAAUUCCUAUAUCUUAAGCAGGAUUUAUACUUGUGCGUCACCUCUAUGCAGAGCCUGAAAUGGUUUCAGAUUACAAAAAUAGACAGAUGGUCUGCGUCACCGUGACCUGUAGUUACGUUUCUGGCUCUUCAGCCUAUGGCCACAGGCUACGUCGACGCAGAGCCUUCGCUGUAGGUACAUCGUGGAUUCAACGCAGAAGUAUAAAUCCCGCUUUAGCCAGAAUAUAAUAUAUUUGUUGUCUUUACUGCACAACAAAAACACUAAUGAUACAUAUUCCUAAUUUGGUUUGCAUUGAAAACUGCAAAUUACCAGUAAAAUGAAAGUCAGGAAUUCCUGAUCAAAAUGUAAAGUGAUCUGAUUUAUUUCAUUUAGUCAUCCAAGGGAAAUGUUGCUUUUCUUAAGAAAUAGAAAUAUCUUAGGACAUUGAGACACUUUUUUUUUUUACAUGACAAGUACUGGCUCUGUGUGAAUCACAACCAGUCACAACGCCAAAGUUACAACAUGCACUGAACAAUAGAACAUUAAUACAGAAACAACAGCAUAGAAAGUCAACAAGUAAAAAUGUGUUUGUUUUUUGAUUUUUUUUGUACAAAACAGACAGCCUCGGGACCUACAAACAACAUUGUAUAAGAGCUGGCUAAGGUCAUUCAAAUAUCUUUUUUUCAAUUCCCUGGAAACAGUGUACUUUACAAAGACUGAUGGCUUAGGCAAGGUUGGGGUCAAUUCCACUGAGAGCUGAAAACGUAGAAAAAAUAUAAUUUGGGUUUUUAAUUUGUACUAGGUUUUAAUUGUGUCAUGCUCUAAUACUGGUUCCUUCUAUAGUGUCAUGUGUGAUGCGUGUUUUACUCCAUCAAGGCAUCCUGAAUCGACCCCAACCCUGUAAUACAGUGUUAGAUUCAGAGGAUGUGGAAUUGGGCUACUUGCUAAAGCAGGGGUUCUCACUGGGUUUUGGAAACUACCACAUGUCCUUGAAAAGGGUCCUAUGGGGUUCUAACAAAAAAGGAAAAAAAUACUUGAACCUCUUUACAGUUAAAUUUAGCAGCUAGGGCAACAGCCGAAUUCUAUUUUAGGUUUCAACUAAAUGCAUUUACUGUACAGCUGGGAGUCCUGUGAUGGAAAAGUGUGAGAAUCUGUGCUCUUCAUCUUAGUGUGUCAAUAAAUGAGAAAUAAAACAAGUCUCUCGACUGUGUUUUCUUCAUAAAACAUGAUGGUUCAGUCCUUUGAAUUUCUCCACUGGGAUCUCACUGAUUGAGUUUGUUAAUUUGAAUGGCUCCCUUGGAAAUGGAGGAUAGUACAGUGCCAAAAUGAAAUAAAAACAAGGAUGACUUGUAAAAUGAAUAUUGUUUUUGUAGUAUGGUGGUAUCAUGUCACAGUAUCACAGUCUAGGUGUCAAAUCAACACAUCAUGCUUGAUGUUUCUUUUGCACUACCUUGUCUAAAAACUGAAGAGUACCAGUACUGGUGGCAGGAUUUCAGUGCUUGUGUUCGUGUGUAUGCACGUGGGAAAAUAAAUCUCAGUUCUCUACAAUAGUGCUUGCUGUCUGUUCAUGUAAUAUUGAUUGUCAUCAUUGUUGAGAGAUAUUUCAGUGAAAAAUGGUCCCUGACUACCGAAAUAUAGAAAAUCUAAAUGAUGGGACAGAAGCUCACGUGAUGCUUCAUGAGAGGUUGUGUGAUCUGAAUGCCCUUCACUUUAGUGUUAACAAUUAAACCUAAUCAUCCAUUUUUCAAAAAUGAUAUAAUGCACUCAGAAGAACACGUAUGACUGAAAUUUGUUUCUUUACAACUUAAGAGAACAUUUUGAAAUCUCAAAGGUAAAAGGUGUUGGCAUACAUUGGCCUUGACUUUUCAUGAGAUAAUUAUGCUAUAAAAGUUCAAUCAAGAACGAGCAUUCAACUGGUGGUCUAUGAGCCAAAUGAAAAAAAACAAUGACAUGGACCAGGCUUACUUGACCCUUUGCUAUGUCCCACCCCUCGAACGCAGACUGGCCAAUCAUAGCCCAGCACUGGCCAGCUUCAACAAGGGUCCGACAAUUACACAGCUGUGCUCCAUUGACUCUAAUGCGAUUGUUUCUGAUUUUCUUCAUUUUCAGGCUGGUUUGUGGAUUUCGAGCUACAUGUUGUGCCUCAGGCACGUGCAAUUGUGAUACUCAUUUCUUGGAGAUGUUGGAAAAAGAUAUACGUUUCUUCCCUGUUCCAAAACCAAAAUCAAAGCCUUAAAAGUGUAGGGUUAGCUAACUGGCUACUGAAGAUGUAGCUUACUAAAUGUACACACAUUUUGCUUAUACUGUUUAUAGAUUAUAACAGUUAAUAAAGACCUACCAGCUGUGUGUCAUUGCAGUGUUUGCAAAUGAAUUUUGUUUGGCUUCCCCCGGAACUCCCCGUCUGCCCGCUGGUGGAGGUCAAGCGGGUCUGGUGGCAUGGGGUGAAGACAAACACUGUUCAUCUGCACACAAUGUGAUGACACCCAACUGGUUGAAUAUCAACAAGUUUCCCUUUAUAUUCAUUGUCUUCUGUCUCUAACGGUGAUGUGGUGGGCCACUUUAAUACUGUUAUCCGUAGCCUAUAGGCUUUAUGGUCUAACUAUCUUUAUCUUUUUUAACCUGUUUUUGUUGAUGAGUGAGUUUGACAUCCUGGAUAUAUCCUUCAAACACAUAUUGUAGACCCUUGUGUCUCCUCUCUGAAAUCAUCAUUUUUCCAAAAAGUUGCUAAUAUUUCUUCAGGGAGUGCAGUUACUUACAGUGUGGGCUCUAUGCUCGCUCCAACAGCUUGAUGGACCAUCACACAGGGGCGGGGCUUAGCAAAGGGUCAACUGAAUCUGUGCCACUUCCACCUCCUAAUGUGGUAUAUUGAAUCAUACAAGUUCAUUGUGGACAGAAUGAAUGAAAAGGAGCAGCCAUUCACAGGAGACUUUCAAACAUGA